AUGUUUGCCUUCGAUGCUAUAGACAGGCACUUCACGCCUCCGCUUGCGUCUCCUGAAGUUGUUCAUGGAGCUGCGCGUCACAAGGCGCUCAGGCAGCGAGACUCAGAAUCCAGUUCGAACGCUUCCAUUGUCCUGAACAGCGACGCGAUGGACCUUGAUGGACCCGCUCCACCUGUCCGAAGCGCUAUUGGCACUCCACCGAUCCAAAUCACGUCGCCUCGUCCCAUGCGUCAUAUCAACGCCAGCAUCCCGCAAGCUGUGGAGAAUGGUGCCGAGAAGCUGAACUUUGAUGAUGUUUCGGCCAAGGCGUCAAGGAAGAAGAAAAAGAAGCGAGGCUUGAAACCCGCUCCGUCUGCCACCACGACCGUUCGAGGCUUCCACACGCCAGUGACGUCCGGGGGUGAGGAGAGCGACUUUUCAGCAGCAAGCACUCCGAGACUGGGUCCGAAGGUCCGGGAUUUUGCAAGCCUCACCGGCAGCCCUGCGAUGAGGCCUUCCACGCCCUGCAGCGGCAUUAGCGCGCUGAAGCUACAGCUCGAGACCUUGAACCUUGCAUCGAAAUCUUCCAAGUCUACCUCUGAGCUUUCUAAAAACAAACCGAGGUCCAAUGAUUCGAGCCCCGGUACCAUAACGUCCUCAGGUGCGAGCGAUUCUGACCGCACCGAGAUGGACCGCUACGAAGUUCAGCUUGGGCAUGAUUAUGUGAGCCCCGAUGCGAACGGCAAAUCGCUUAUCAGUGUUGUCGAAGGCGGGCUCAGACAAGACUCUAUUGUACGGAAAAUGACCGCCCAGGAUUUCGAGCCACUCCGAUGUCUUGGCAAGGGCGCCUUCGGCACUGUACUACUCGUUCGGCAGACAGCAACAGGACGUCUCUACGCUCAGAAGCAGCUUCGCAAGGCAUCCCUGACCGUCCAUAAGAAGCUCAUCGAGCAAACCAAGACCGAGCGGGCCAUCCUCGAGAGCGUGAACCGGCACCCCUUCGUCGUGAAGCUAUUCUACGCUUUCCAAGACCACGAGAAGCUCUACAUAAUCCUUGAGUACGCGCAAGGCGGCGAACUCUUCCACCAUCUCGCCAUGGAGCGUAUGUUCACGGAAGAAGUAGCCGCCUUCUACAUGGCCGAGAUGGUCCUCGCCCUCGACCAUCUGCACCGCAGCGUCGGCGUCAUCUACCGCGACCUGAAGCCCGAAAACUGCCUCCUGGACUCCGAAGGCCACCUCCUUCUCACCGACUUCGGCCUCUCCAAGGUUGCCGUCGACGCCGACGAGCGCUGCAACUCGAGCGUCGGCACCAUCGACUACAUGGCGCCCGAAGUCAUCAUGGGCGCCGACUACGGCUUCGCCGUCGACUGGUGGUCCCUCGGCGCGCUGGGGUUCGACCUGCUGACAGGCAGCCCGCCCUUCACGGGGAACAACCACGCCAAGAUCCAGGAGGGCAUCCUGAAGAAGAAGCUCGUGCUGCCGUACUUCAUGGGCCCGGACUCCAAGGAUCUGCUCACCCGCCUCCUCCGCAAGGAGCCGCAUAAACGCCUCGGGUACAACAUGCCCAAGGACAUGCAGACCAUCAGGAACCAUCGCUUCUUCCGCAGGAUCAACUGGAAGAUGCUUGAGCGGAGGGAGCUGGAGCCGCCGAUUAAACCGCUGAUUACGGACCCGGAGCUCGCGGAGAACUUCUCGAAUGAGUUCACGGAUCUGGCGCUGAGCCCCGUGGUUGCGCGCAGGAGCUUCAGAGAAGAGAUGGACGGCGUCGAGGCGGAUCCGUUUGGGGGCUUCAGCUUUGUGGCUAGUGAGAGCUUGCUGCAGGGAGGGGACUGGGGGUUUUAG